CCGACCUCGCGCAUGCGCCCGGGCGCCCGCAGCUACCGUGUGGGGCCGAGAGGCGACCUAUCCGCCGUCGGCGUCGCGUUCGGGUGACGUCACGCCAUGGCCGCCUCGCUCCGCCGCCGCUGCUGCUAGAGGCCUCGCCGCGCGCCCCGCCGCCUCCUGGAACCGCUCUCGCUUCCUCCCCCGGCUCCCUGCCCCGACCUUUCCCCGCCCGGCAAGAUUAGCAGGCCCUGAUGGAUGUUUCCGAAAGCCCUGAGCAAAAUCCCCGCUCUCCUGACGAGAAGGUGGUGGAGGAAGAGGAGGAAGACCGCGACCAGCAGCUCUCGGAAGACGAAAUCCUGAAAGGGAGUGACUCAGAACAGGAUGGCGAGGACGGGCAGGGCACCACUUUGGGGGAAGAGGAGGAGGAAGACACAGCCAGGGUGUUGAGCCGCCAGGAGGCAGAGGAGAACCACUCGGACGAGGAGGACCGCUUGAGUGAGACCAAGUCUCAGGACUCUGACAAUAACCAGCCAAGUCGGGAGCUGAAGGGCUCUCUGUGCAACCAGGGGGAUAAAGAAGACAGAGCCAACGACCUGGGGGAUGAAGCAUCCUCGGUCACUCGGGAACUGGACGAACAUGAAUUGGACUAUGACGAGGAAGUUCCCGAAGAGCCAAGCACUGUUGCUGCUGACGACGAGGCUGACAAGGCUGGGGGAGAGGAGGAGGAGGAGGAGGAGAAGGGAGACGAAGCCCCCGAGGAGGAGGAAGAGAAGAAGUCCGGCACAAAGAGUGAUGAUGAAAAGGACGGACAGGAGCCCCUCAAGGAGAAGAAAAAAGAAGAAGACGACGGAGAAAUCGACGACGGCGAGAUUGAUGACGACGAUCUAGAGGAGGGAGAGGUGAAAGACCCCAGCGACAGGAAGGUGAGGCCUCGUCCCACCUGCAGGUUCUUCAUGAAAGGUCACUGUACUUGGGGCAUGAACUGCCGGUUUAUUCAUCCCGGGGUGAACGACAAAGGAAACUACUCCUUGAUCUCCAAGCCAGAUCCUUUCUCUCCCAACGGCGCGCCACCCAUUGGCCCAGGACCUCAUCCGCUGAUGCCAGCCAAUCCUUGGGGAGGGCCAGUCGUUGAUGAAAUCUUGCCACUGCCGCCUCCAGACCCUCCGGCAGAAAGUGCCUGGGAAAGGGGACUCCGUCACGCUAAAGAGGUGUUGAAAAAGGCCACCAUGCGGAAGGAGCAGGAGCCCGACUUUGAGGAGAAACGGUUUACAGUGACCAUCGGGGAAGACGAGCGUGAGUUUGACAAAGAGAAUGAAUUUUUCCGGGACUGGAACUAUCGCAUCACUCGAGAUGUCCGGGACUCAACUGAGGUGGAUAUCAAAGAGAACAUUAACUAUGGGCUUGAUCCUUAUACGGACCCUUAUUAUGAUUAUGAAAUAGAACGUUUCUGGCGUGGUGGACAGUAUGAGAACUUCAGGGUACAGUACACAGACCCCGAUCCCUACCGGAACUACAAGCUGAGUAAGGAAAGGGAAAGAGAGCGGGAGAGGGAAACCCGACAGCGUGAGCGGGAGCGCGAGCGCGAGAGGGAGCGGGAGCGAGAGCGUCGGCAGCGGGAGCGAGAGCGCGAGCGGGAACGGGAGCGCGACAAGGAGCGGCAGAGGCGGAAAGAGGAGUGGGAGAGGGAGAGAGAGCGCAUCAAGAGAGACGAAAAGGACCGGCAGCACAGAGACCGGGACCGAGAGAGGGAGCGAGAAAAGGAGAAGGAGAAGCCUAAGCCUCGAUCAUCACCACAGCCCCCAAGCCGCCAACCUGAGCCACCAAAGAAGGAGAAGGAGACGACCACGACCACCCCGUCUCAGUCCAAGAGGGCCGAUGAGUGGAAGGACCCCUGGCGCCGAUCCAAAUCCCCCAAGAAGAAGCACGGCCUGUCCGCUUCGCCCAGCCGCGCCCGCCGGCGCCGGAAGACCUCGGCCUCAUCAGCCUCGGCCUCUGGUUCUUCAAGGUCGUCGUCUCGUUCCUCCUCUUAUUCUGGCUCCGGCUCCUCGCGGUCCCGUUCCAGAUCUUCCUCCUACAGCUCCUACUCCAGUCGCUCUUCCAGGCACAGCUCCUUCUCAGGCAGCAGGUCCAGGUCGCGGUCCUUCUCAUCUUCACCGUCUCCUUCCCCAACGCCAUCUCCACACAAACCCCCUGCCAAGCCUAAAGGGGAGCCUGUAGCAUCUGCUGGAAAGAGUGACAAGCCUGUGAAGAAAGUCGCCGCCCCUCCACCAGCACCUCCAGCCCCGAAAGCCGUCCCAGCCGCACCAGAGCCAGCCAAGCCAGGGGACAGCAGGGAGGCCAGACGGAAGGAGCGCCAGGCGAGGACGCCACCCCGGAGGCGGGCCAUAAGCUGCAGCAUGAGCGGCAGCGGCUCUAGCUACAGCGGCUCCAGCUCCCGUUCCAGGUCUCUGUCUCGGUCGCUCUCCCGGUCUCAUUCCCGCUCCACCUCAGCCUCCGUCUCCCCGUCCCCGUCCGGCUCCAGAAAAUCCAGGUCCCUGAGUGUGAGUAGUGUCUCAUCCGUCUCUAGUGCCUCCUCCAGCAGCAGCUCCGUGCGCAGUGCUGACUCGGAAGACAUGUACGCAGACCUGGCCAGCCCGGUUUCUUCAGCCAGCUCCCGAUCCCCAACGCCAGCACAGCAGAAGAAGGAGAGAGCAGGAAAGCCCAAAAAGGAAGGCGGUGGCAUCAAGGAGGAGAAGCGGAAACGGGAAGCGCCCGCACAGCCUCCCAGGUCGGCCAAGCCCGUGCCGGGGGGCAAAUCCCAGCAGCCGCCCCCACCUCAGCAGAUCCCACCUCUCCAGCCCCAGCCAGCGGGCUUCAGUGCCCACAAAGAAAUCAAACUAACACUGUUGAACAAGGCAGCUGACAAAGGAAGCAGCAGGAAGAGGUACGAGCCCUCCGACAAAGACCGGCAGGCGUCUCCGCCAGCAAAACGGAUCAACCUGUCUCCAGAGAGAGGUACUCGUGAUAGGAAACUCACUGGAAGGCUCUCCUCCCCCAAACAGGACCGCCAACGAGGCCCCAAUCCGAAGCCCUCCCCUGCUCAAGCCGACAAGAAGCGCCCAUUGUCUCCCCAGCCCAAGGGUUCCAGCAAGGUCACGAGCAUCCCGGGCAAAGUGGCCGAACCGGCCCCCGCAGCUGCUGCCACGAAAUCGGGCAAGUCCAGCACAUUGUCACGGCGGGAGGAGCUCCUGAAGCAGCUGAAGGCCGUGGAAGACGCCAUUGCCCGCAAACGGGCCAAGAUUCCUGGGAAAGUAUAGUCUCUCGUGGCCCGGAUUAGAGACUGCUCUGUGUUUUUAUAAAUAGUGUACAAGCGGCCACUUCGGAUUUUGCAGUUCGGUUUUAUUUUGGCUGUGGUCCUUUUUAAAAAAUUAAAAAAAAAAUUGGAAAGAGAAGAGAAAUGUUGUCAGCCGAAUGCCUGCCCACCCGCCCAGAUCCAAGACGGCCCCCCUCUGGCUUCCUCUCCAGCCCACGUGUUGCUGGCACCGUGCCGCUGAGGCAGCCGUGCCCCCUGUGAUGUUUUCCAUGCCUAUCUGGUACAGCGGACUCCACAUGGCAGCCCUGCCAGAUGCCUUCUCUCUGCUAGCUCCGAGUUGUCUUUCCCCUAGUUAGUCCUGCUGUGUGUUGAGUGUCUUCAGCAAUGCAGUUCUACAUCCUGUGUCAGGAGAGAGUCAGAAAGCCUGAUGCCACCCACCAGAAAUGUCUCCUCUGUCGUCUCUCCUCUGCCCUCCCCUCCCCCCCGCCGCCCCAACUCGUCCCCACCAGGAACGAAACCAAUCACUUAGCUAUCCUUGAUGGAAGUCUGGUUGGAAGAUCCCACGUGUCUUUUAUUUUAAGCAGAAGAUUGUUUUAGUUGAUUUUGGGGAGCGGGGGUUGAAAAGAAGCAAAAAAAAUACUGUCAGGAUGUGUGUCUGAUAAGGAUUUUUUUUUUUUUUGGAGGAGUUAUGCUGAAAAUAAAGUAUUUUGAUAAACAGUU